GUUCAAGAUUUUGUGCUUUUGUAACAAAGUAUUAUUAUUAUAGGGACUCUGACUUAUAUUUUAAGAGCAGCAUCCGACUAUACUUUUAUACCUAACCUUCAUUAUAAAUCAAAUACACUUGUACUUCUGUGAUAAUGCAGCAGCAGCAACAACCCCAUUCUGAUUGUGUGGCUGUUUUCAAGCUUAUCAUUGUUGGCGAUGGUGGGACAGGAAAGACGACCUUCGUAAAGCGUCAUCUCACCGGGGAGUUUGAGAAGCGCUACGUGGCGACGGUCGGGGUGGACGUGCAUCCCCUCACUUUCUACACCAACCGCGGGAAGAUUUGUUUUAAUUGUUGGGAUACGGCCGGUCAGGAGAAGUUUGGUGGGCUCCGCGACGGUUAUUACAUCGAAGGACAGUGCGCGAUUAUCAUGUUUGACGUGACCAGCCGAAAUACCUAUAAGAACGUUCCAAACUGGUACCGUGAUAUUACGCGUGUGUGUGAUAAUAUUCCCAUCGUGUUGGUAGGAAAUAAAGUAGACUGUGCAGAUCGUCAGGUGAAGGCGAAGAUGAUCACAUUUCAUCGGAAGAGGGGUUUGCAAUAUUUUGAUAUCUCCGCCAAGUCAAACUACCACUAUGAGAAGCCAUUUGUGUGGAUCGCAAAGAAGUUGGCGAAUGAUCCCAACCUGGAGCUGGUAGAGCUACCGCCUUUGGAUGUGAGUGCGGUGGCCAUGUCUCCUGAGCAGAUAGCUGAGGUCCAGAGGCAGCAGUUCGAACUGGAGAACGCUCCACUGCCGAUGGGCGAUGACGAAUAAAUAGAAAUAUAAAAGGUUUAUUAUUCUGUAUGUCUUUUUUUUUAAAUGGGACCGGGGAAUCUUAUUUUGAUAAGUAAUGAUCAGAGUGUAAUACAUGCUGAGAUGGUUUUUGUUAACCUUGUAUUAUGCCUUCCGAGGAUGGAUCUUAUACAAUUUACAUAAUAACCUCUCCUAUUUGAAUAUUUUUAAUAAGGUAAGCUUAAUUGGGUAAAAGAGUCGAUUAUUUAAAGAUUGUGACAAUAAAGGCCUUCGGCCAGAGGA